UCAUAUGGUUGAACUCGGGAACUUAUCGUCAUCACUUCUAUUGACACACACCCAGCUUUUCUUGGUUCAUAGAUCAAAUGAAGAGGCGCUCUGCUUCCUCAUUGUGGCUGAUAUGUAAUCUGUACGUUCUCUCCAGUCUUUCUCUCGUGACUUGGUGUAUACUCCAGAGCAGAGUCAGGAUCCCCUUCGUUUUGCGGCGUUUGGUCAACGACGGAGAUAGACCUCCUCAGCGUGAUCAUCGAUCCUCUCCCGUUCAGGUUCCGCCGCCACUGCUCCGCCCCGCUCUCUAACCCAUGUCGUAAGGCAGGGUAGAUGGCGUCUAUCCAUCAUGGAAAUCAGCGCGUCCCCUCCUGACGGAACCGGAACACCUCUCCGGUUACUGCUUAAAUCUACACACCUCCACGGGUGCCUCGAGAGAGCCGCUCGUCUUUCGCGGGCCGGUGUUGAAUGUCCCUUUCAAGCAGGUUCAAGGAGCUUGCAAGGUCACGGUGGUGGUCCCCCUCCACUCGUGAUCAAGCUCUGUUUUCCUUGCACGGCGAACUUGAAGUCGUUCACCUCGGGGGUGGAGACGAUAAUAGAUAACCUAGAUGACAGGUGGGACGGAUGGCAAAGGAGAUUGCCAGCUGUGAACAGGGACGCGGUGAAGCGAACCUACUGACUGAUGCGGUCGCAUCCCGAGCACGCUAUCCACACUGACUUUUUUUUUCUUCCUUCUUCUUUUCUCGCUGACAUAUCUUCUCAGGCGACUGUCUAUGGCUCAUACGGCAUCCUACCUGUCUACUACGCCACACAGCUUUUCUUGACCGCGGACCGUUCGAAGUUUGCUCGCUAGUAUUUUGACCGGGAGGGUGCGUCCGUUCUACCAUACUCAGGCUGGAGUGUGGAGAAUGAGGGAUGAGGGCUCUGCCGGGACCGUCUGCGCCGCUUAAUCGUGUUUCGCUGAGUG